CAAGGUUGAAGUAUUAAUACUGGUGUGCUCUACCGGCCUUCCUUGUCUCUUCUUUUCUAUCAGGUCAAGGUUGAAGAGUCAAUACUGAUGAAUUUAUAAGGGAGAUUAAAAGACGAGGCUCCGAUGGCAAAAUAUAUGGCAUUCUCAUCAUCAACGAGUUCAUUGCCAAUCAUGAAGCAGACAAAACCAGAUGCUGAAAGGACAUUACUAAAUGCUGUUGAGGAUAGAUAUGGAGGAGUUAAGGUAGAUGUGGAGGAUCCCAUGGACAGUAAUGAUUAUGUUUCUCUGCUUAGAGCUUCGAUAACACAAUGGAGGAAGCAGGGGAAAAAGGGUGUUUGGAUCAAGUUACCUAUUCAACUUGCCAAUCUUGUUGAACCUACAGUUAAGGAAGGAUUUAGGUACCACCAUGCAGAGUCAGAUUACUUGAUGUUAGUCUAUUGGAUUCCUGAGACUCCUGACACGCUUCCUGCAAAUGCCUCCCAUACUGCUGGUAUUGGUGCCUUCGUCGUUAAUGAUAACAGAGAGGUGCUGGUAGUUCAGGAGAAGAACGGGGCAUUCAAAGGAAAAGAUGUAUGGAAGUUCCCUACGGGCGUCGCUAAUCAAGGCGAGGAUAUUUGUAAAGCUGCAAUUCGAGAGGUGAAGGAAGAGACUGAUAUUGACACAGAAUUUGUGGAAAUUUUAGCAUUCAGCCAAACCCACCAGACAUUUUAUGGGAAAUCGGAUUUAUUUUUCGUUUGCAUGCUACGGCCACUGUCCUCCGACAUCAACAAACAAGCUUCAGAGAUUGAGGCAGCUCAGUGGAUGCCAAUUGAGGAGUAUAUUGCCCAGCCUUUCAAUCAGAAGCAUGAGUCGUUCAAAAAUGUUGCUAAUAUAUGCUUGAGGAAGUCGAGGGGAAACUACACAGGAUUUUCCGCAGUGCCCAUGGCGUCAUCGUCUGGUAAGAAGUCCAAUUCCUACUUCAACAAACUUCAGCUUCAGAACGAAAGCACCAAGUAGGGGUUGAAAGGGUCAGUCCUUGCGCGCAAGCAAAGCCCUUCAGCCCUGCACGCAAAAUACUCCACAAGCUUAAAUGUAUUCGGACGUCAAAUAUAUAAUUUACUAAUUAAGUGUAACGUGUCAUGU